AUGUCACAAAAAUCAACAAAUACAGGUAUUUCACAUUGCAUAACGAUAUCUCAAAACGUUAACGGCCUGAAAUCCAGAUUGCCGGAAUUUAAUGCGGAUGUUAUUACAAGCAAUGCAAAAAUUUACAUGAUUUGCGAGACAAAGAUUGAUGACACGGUGCAUUCAUCGCAGAUCUUUCCUCCAAACUUUGCCGUUUAUCGCUGCGAUCGCUCACACGAGACUGAAAAAUGGCAAAUAACAAAGAAGAAACGAGGUGGCGGUGUUUUGAUUGCCGUUGAUAAGUCAAUAAAAUCACAAUUGAUUGGAACUGGUGCACCGUACGGAGCUGAGCAAGUUUGGACAAAGGUGAAAUCGAACAACAGAAACAUUUUUCUGAUCGAAGUCUAUAUUAGACCAGACUCUCCUUACGAAGUCUACGAGGCUAACAUGAAAGCCAUACGUGAAGUGACAGCAAAAAUGGACAGUGAAGAUGUCAUCAUACUAUCUGGCGAUUUUAACCUACCAAAAUUAUGCUGGUUCACUGACGAUAAUGAAGAUCCUGAAAUUGCCAUUCCAUUGAAUGCUACGGGAAAAAAGGAAUUGAUCGUUCUUGAUACGUGCCAUGAAUUGGGUUUAGUUCAAAUAAACAAACAUAGCAACCGAAAUAGUUCAACGCUCGACUUAGUUUGGACGAAUUGCGUUGACUUGAUUACAUGCCAUAAAUCCGAUUAUCAUCUAUUAAAAAGAGAAGUACAUCACCCUUUUGCACUUGAAAUUAAAAUUCACGACUUUGAUAACAACCAAAGCAAGACUGCGUUAAAACUGAAGUACCAUGAUUUCAUCGGAGCCGACUAUGACGUCAUCAAUAAUAAUUUGUGCAACUUGAAUUGGAAUGACAUUUUAUCUGGAAUUGACUUGAAACAAAAUAUUAGUAAUUUUUACAAUAUCAUCAAUUCGGUUAUUUCAGAGAAUGUUGAGUUGAAGACCAAAUCUAUUUCAAGUCAUCCGAAAUGGUUCAGCAGAGAUCUCAUCAACAUGAAAAACAGAGUAAACACGCUUCAUAAGCAAAAAAAAUCACGUCUUUCAGCAGUUCAUGAACAUGCGGAAUUGAGAAAACAAUACAAAGCUUGUGCUCGUUCUGCCUUCAAAAACUAUAAGCUUGAGAUGGAACAGCUCAUCGAUGAAGAUCCUACAAAAUUUUUUGAUUACGUGAAUACAUGCAGAAAAACACAUGACGAUCUGCCCAGCGAGAUGGAGUAUGAUGGCAAUAAAUUAAGUUCACAACAAGACAUUGCUGACUCAUUUGCGGAUCAUUUCACGAAAGCAUAUACACAAAAUGAUACUCCCGUUAAUAAUUACAAAGACUGUGAAUCGUUCCUGAGAGAUUUGUGCCUUAAUAUUCCAACAAUUGAUAUCACCGAAGACCUAAUUCUGGAAACGGUCAAUAAGCUGCCAACCAAUACAGUAUCUGGACCGGAUGGAAUUCCAAACAUUUUUAUUAAAAG